UUCAAUUUAUAAUUCAGAUACUAAAAAAUGCUAGACAAACAAAACUCAAACUCCAAAUCAAUUUCCUUGCCAAGCAAUGGUGCGCUCAUUUUUUUGUAAUGCCAACGACAACAAUGGUGGCGGACAACAUCGUACAGCUAGCUCAUCACCAACUUCAAAAUUAUAAACUUCUUUCAUUUGGGUACAGAGGAAACGAGGCAGAACUUUGUCGUUUAAAUUGUGCUGUUUUAGGGUCUAAGCCAAGGUUACCAUAAAAAGGUGUAACAUUUGUGGUUUUGGUACUGUGAUCUCUUGAUUUUGAUUGUAUCAAUGAAAUUUACAUGCUUGAAUAAAGGGACUAGUUUCCAUUUCCCACCAUCUUACAUUCUUGAUGUGAGUGGAUACAGGAUAUUAGUUGAUUGCCCUCUUGAUCUUUCAGCUCUCACAAUCUUUGCUCCUCUCCCGCAUCACUUUUGCCCCAUAUUCGAUGUGAAAAGUUUAAUAUGUGCAGAGCCCUUGUACAAAACUGUAAAGAACUUGCACCUUUGGGAUGCUUCAUCUAUUGACAUCGUUUUAAUUUCGAGCAAGAUGGGCAUGCUUGGUCUCCCAUUUCUUACUCAAAGUGAGGGGUUUUCUGCGAAGAUAUAUGCAACGGAAGCAACUGCAAGAGUUGGGCAACUCGUUAUGGAGGAUCUUGUUUCUAUGCAUAUGGAGUUUCGACAGUUCUACGGAUUUGGAGAGUCAUACCCUGAAUGGAUGAAAUGGGAAGAACUUGAAUUGCUACCAUCUGAACUGAAAGAAGUGGCCCUGGGCAAAGAUGGGUCAGAGUUGGGUGCUUGGAUCCAGCUAUACAGUUCUGUGGAUGUGAAGGAUUGCAUGCAGAAGAUUCAAAUGCUUAAAUACGCUGAAGCAGCCUGCUAUAAUGGGGCACUGGUGAUAAAAGCAUUCAGCUCAGGCUUAGAAAUAGGCUCAUGUAAUUGGACUAUUGAAGGUCCAAAAGAAAAUAUUGCAUGUCUGUCGAGCUCUAUUUUCGGUUCCACUCAUGCUAUGGAGUUUGAUUAUCAUUCUCUACAUGGCAAGGAUUUGAUCUUAUAUUCAGACUUCUCAUCCCGCAAUGCGAUUGAAGAUGUUGAACAAAAUGAUGACCAUUCUGCUUUAACAAAUCACAACCUCUCAGUUCUUAGUGCUGAUGUAGACAAUUGGAAUCAAUUGAAUGACUGCUCACUGACCGAUGAGGAGACCUUAGAGGAAAGGGAUAAACUAGCUUUCAUAUGCUCAUGUGUUGUUGAUGCUGUUAAAGCCGGUGGUUCUGUCUUGAUUCCCUUAAAUCGACUUGGUAUUAUUCUGCACCUUCUGGAGCAGAUACCGGUUUCCCUAGAAUCUUCAGCUCUAGAUGUUCCAAUUUAUGUCAUCUCCUCUGUAGCAGCAGAGCUACUGGCAUUCAUUAAUACUAUACCAGAAUGGCUGUGCAAGCUCCGGCAAGAGAAGCUAUUUUCUGGAGACCCGCUAUUUUCACACACUGCACUCAUGAGAGAAAAGAAGCUUCAGGUGUUCCCAGCUGUUCAUUCACCCAAUUUAAUAACCAAUUGGCAGGAACCAUGUAUAGUAUUUGCUCCUCACUGGAAUCUUAGACUUGGCCCUGUUGUUCCUUUGCUUCGACGUUGGCACAAGGAUCAAAACUCUUUACUUGUCCUGGAGGAUGGACUAGAUGCUGAUAUGGCUCUCUUGCCUUUUAAGCCAAUAGCAAUGAAGGUUCUACAAUGCUCGUUUCUUUCUGGAAUACGGAUGCAGAAAGCUCAAUCUUUGCUGAAGCUAUUACAGCCAAAAAUUGUCGCGUUUCCAGAGGAUCUGAAGCAACACAUGAGUUCUUCAAACUCAAGCCAGUCUUUUUUGGCUUUGUACUACACUGAAAAUGAAAGGCAAGAUGUAGAGUGCUUGAAAGAUAGCUCAGAACUAGAAAUUUCGACAGAUCUGGCUACUCGUCUCUGUUGGAGAAAAUUUAAAAAGGAUGAUAUAGAUGUCUCAAGGCUCGAAGGGGAGCUAUAUAUACAUGACAGCAAACAUCGAUUAGUCUCUGGGAAAAAGGCAUCGGACACCUUUCAGAGCAGACAACUUCUGCAUUACGGAUUGCUAGAUUUGGGAAAGCUUCUCAUUACAUUGUCAAAGAUGGGUAUUAAUGGAUCUGUCGAGCAAAGCAUGAGUGAGGCUGAAUCAAAUACUGUUGGUAUCAUAAAAAUUCACCACCCAAAUGAAGCAGUAAUAGAAGUCGGAGCAAUGAAUACCAUUGUCAAUGCUCCCAAUGAGAAUUUAUCCGCUAUCAUCUUUGAGGCGAUUAGCACAAUUUUGGACGCAGUUUAGAAGGGGAUUCUGCUGACCUUGCAUAUGGAAGGUGGAAGAUGUGUGAAAUCGAUGCAUAGAGUUGGUAUUCUGUGCUAACUGAAUGCAUUUCUAGUUAAUUUAUCCGCUAACUGUUUUGUAUUUCAAGUUAAUCUAAUUCAGGUAUACAUUUCUUACCAAGAAUUUUGAACAAUCAAACAAUGCAACAAUUAAAAAUAUAGGAGAGAGAUUGAAGAAGAAUAGAUUACAGUACAAUUGAUUCAUUUUUCUUCUUUUGUAUCUAUUAUCAUAGAUAGAUUAUACAUUAUUCAACUCAUAUUUCUCUCCUCUCCAAGUUCAACAAGCAGUCCACAGUCAUCAUCACGCUUCCAUUUCCGAAGAUAUUAGCUAACUGUCAAGUCAAGUGUUUCACCUAAUCAUCAGUCUCUUUCACCUGAUAUGUUUAACUUCAAGCAAAUCGGUGCUUCUGAUGUUACAGUGUCAGUGCUUCCGUCAAAUUAAAGGUCAAGCAAAACUUCACCCUUGAACUCUUUAAUUACUGAAAGGAACUCUACUAAGUUGGUCAAAUGCUAGCCUGUGUCAUCAAAAUGAGCUUUAGAUGUCCUGGUGGUUCUAAUUUUGGUCGUAUUUUGCCAAUUAUAGCAAAUGAACUUGUUGCCCCACAUAUCGAUGCAAAUGUUCCAAUGUUCGGUAGCUUUGCUGAAUGUAGUUAUGUAACAUAUGUAUUUAUAACAUGUGCGUGCCUCAUUCAGAUUGUCAUUCGAAUGUUGCUAUAGACUUAUUCUUCAUGGAAAUCAGUGCAUAAAAACCAUUGCUUC